UCAAAACAUGGCGGACGAGAACUUGAGCGAGCUCUUGUUCUGUGACACAUUUAGCCAUGAAAACAAAGAGGAGUUGAACCUUGAUCUUGUGCAGUUUCCUUGGCCAGUAUGUGUGAGUGAAGUCAGGGUCAUCCCUAGGGCCACAGCUGCCCAUCCAGAGUUGCAGAGCCAAGGAAGAGUUGGAGAAACAAGUCCCUCAACAUUCUCCUUAGAGCUCUUCAUCAACAACUUGAGAAAGUCUGGAUCAGCUGUAUUUGAGAAGCUAGGAUCACUUGACUAUGUGGACAAUUCAAAGAUACAGUUCCUCACCAAUACCAAGGUGCCUACAGAUGGGAUGGUGCUAAGGGGCUGGUAUCAUAAAGUGACUGUGGCUAUCUAUGGCUUUGUGGCACCUCAUAAUAAGAAGAGACUUGAGGAGAGACCAGCUUCUCCUCCACCGCCUCCCCCUCCAAAGCAGAAUGCACAUGGGUCCAAGAGAACAGCUGAAGAGGCAGUUGAGUUUCUGACGCAUGAUUUAGCACAACCAAAGCAGACCCAACAUCAUGCCUGGGACUGGGACAAACAAGAACUUGACCAAGCAGCCUCCUCUAAGCGUCCUCGCUACCCCGACCCACCUACAGAACCUGAGCACCAUCAGCCUCCACAGCCACCUCUGACCAUACCAGGCAGUGGUAGCCGCAGGGGGCCCAGGACUCCUUCACCACCCCCUCCUACUCAAGAGCAAUGGGACUCCACUCAGGGACACCCUGCUGAGGCCUGGCCAUCAGCAGAAGACACCAAAGACUGGAAGACACAAGAUUCCUGGGAGGCUGGUGAACAAGAGGAGCAAGGCCAGAGUCGGGACUGGGAACACGGUGACACAUGGGAAACAACAGACACAUGGGAACCAGGAGAUGCUGUGGAGUGGGAAGAGCCACCCCCAUCAACUGUCGAUCCACCACCUCAGAAAGCACCUUACACUGAGCACUGGCGUGACGAUCGAAGUCAUUCAUCAGUGGCGGCUAGUAGUAGCAGCAGUUGCGGUAGAACGCAGAAGAAGCAUCGCAAGCAUCGGGGACCUAGGACUCCUCCGGGAGAGCCAUGUCGCUCCCCGACCCCAACCGAAUUUCCUCAGUCGGCUGAUUCAUACAGCCAAGAUUCGAGGAGGCGCCGAGAAAGAAGACGAGGGGACAGUCCGAGAAGGGACUUGCGAAGAGAUAAGGACUCAAGGCGAGAAUCAGAGACGAGAAGAGAUUCAAAGAGUAGGACAGAGCCAGAGGCAAUACCACUGGUGGCUCCAGAGCCUGGUGAGAUAGUUCAUGAGUCCCAGGAAGGAGGUGAUGAACUCUUUGAACCUCUUACACCAGAGACAUCCCCAAUCCAUCAGUACUCAGAUCGGGACAUUAUGGAUGAUGAUCGAAGCCGAGAGCCUCUUGAAGAUGUUGAGAGUGAAGGCAUUGGACACACUUAUGAAGAGAUUAGUGAUGAAGAAGGACUGGAUGAAGUGGGUAGCCUGGAUGAACUCAUGGAUACGGAUGGAUUAGAUGGGCUCGAAGGUGAACCAUGGCCAGAUAUUGUUACAUUCAAUUCAUUCCAAGUUGAGCUUGUACCACUAAGUACCUACCCAAGCAUGCUCUCCAUUCCACAAGAUCAGACCAAACUCCCUAAAGUCUCAGAGGGUGCUCCUGAGGCAGCUCAGAGUCUUAGGGAUGUCAUUAAGGAACAUCAUGACCAGGAAUAUGGACCAAGGUGGGUAGGAGCCCUGGAGCCAUUGAUAACCCUGAUUUCCCAGGCUCAGUCAAGCCUGUCUGACAAUGACUCCGUCAUCUCUACCCUCACUGAAUGGUCAAUCAAAGCAAUCAGUCUGGACAGGGCUAUGGGUCAACCCAUUGCGGUCAACAUGAGACAGUUGAAAGCUGGCAUGAGGAUGGUCACUGCCCUGUGUGGAUGCGGACAGAGUGUGGCCUUGAAACUGUUGGACUCUGGCGUUCUUGAUGCUCUGAUGGACCUGCUGUUUGGCAGUCACAUGGCAUCCUCUAUGAAACUCAUGGCUCUUAAUGCCCUGGACAGCACCACUAAUUGGCAAGAUGGUAUAGAACGUUUUCUUGGUCCAUCCUCAUCUGAAAACGAUCCCACGAUUAAAUCACCAAAGACCUACUACCAGCGUCUUGUUAAGCUGUUGCUGUCUGAACAGCCAGUUAGGGUUGUGCAGGCGGCGACGGCUCUGCUGAAAAAAAUUCAUGUUUAUGAGACACUGACGACAUUGCAUGACACUGUCAACAGUAUUUUGGAUACAGACACCGAGCCCUCUUCUGUUUCCCCUACUUCAUCCCUCAAACAGUCCUCCAAGUUUGACCCCAGUGACCCUGAUGCCCUCCAGCACCACUCCUCUGGCCCAGGGACACCCUUAGAGGGAGAGGUGAUGGGUGAUUGUGUGGGUGUGAGCAGUGCUGACUUAGAGACAAUCAUUGGUUGUUUGCAGGAUAUCUGCACUGUACUCAGGACCGCAUCGUAUACACUGGUGCAGCCACCAAUCAAAGCUUUCCCCACUACUGCUAAAGUAACAGGACCACCAAACACAGCUGAUCCCUACCAAACUUUGUAUCAUAUGUUCCACACAAGAAAUCUUCUGGAGAGUGUGCUAGUCCUGAUUUCAUGUCCAGCGACUGCGGGUCAUGAGAGCAUUUCUAGCACCAUUGUGGAGUUACUCACUGCAAUCACGAAGUCUCUCAAAGGACUACUGUAUCUCUCAUCGAACCAAGCCACCACCAAGGCCCUCUGCCAGUGCUUGACUGCCAACCUUGACGACGAGGCUCAGGAAGAGAGUCUCUUACAACAGCUAGGUCUACAGCUUCUCUACAGCAUGGCCACACUGCAGUACAUUGACCAGCUACGCCAAGCUACAGAUAAAGGACUCAAUGUCACAGCAGCAGACUGCGAUGAGGUCAUCGAGAUCAUGAGAUGGCUGUAUUCUAUCAGCUUCACUACUGUAGGCAGGACGGCUCUUGCUCAUAUCCUCACUAUGGAUGAUAAUAUGGAGUGUUUGUUACCAUUCAUUGAACCAAAGGAGCCAGGCAUGAGUCCAAGUAAAACCAGGAAGACAGCUUCCCACGGCUACGCUGCUCAGAUCCUAGCCUGUGUUAUCCAGCAUAAUGAGAAUGUGACAGUGUUGAGCCAAUAUCAAGCCAGACUGCAGCUAUGCACUUAUGGAGACCCAGCCUUAUCAAAAUGGUUGAGCUCAAUCGAAGGUGUGAAGUUGGAUGUCAGCUGCAUCAGUAAGAUGAUAGAGUACAUCAAUAAGGAGAGUGAUGAGCUGGGACAUAAUCUCCUUGGAGCUGGGCCUGGUAUCGUUACAUGCCUCAGGGUCCUAAGACAUCUUGCCUGCGCACCGGAAGAUAUGCAGUCAGGGGAUCGGCAGAUUGAUUUACAGUACAAGCUGUCUGUCAUUCAGCUAUAUUCAUCCAGCUCCAUGAAUGCUUUCAUUAAUGUCAUCAAGAGACUCGGUGAUCGUCUGUUGAGGCCAUGGCAGCAAGGUUUCGCUCUGUCUAACACCCAGGUACAUCUUAUUGAAGCCAUCGUGACCCCGGUACUGCAACUCAUCAAAGUCAUGCUGGCAGAGUUACUCGCUAGUGGCUCAGUACAGUUCAAAGAUGAGCGCCUGGUAACCUACCUCCUACCAUUGCACACUGUGUUGUGCUCGGUACCCAACAGCGUGAUCAUGCCGACUGAAGCCCAGCAGGUACAGACGGACAUCAUUGACAUUCUACUCAGCUACACAGUCCUGACCUCUCAACAACCAGACACUGAAGAAGGAAUAGCAAACAGCAGCUGGACUGUAAUGUUGAAGGAAGUCCUGAAGUACAUCCCAUCUGCAGCGUAUGCUUACAUCGGUGGACUGACCGUACUAUCAGAGCUGCUACCUCUACCACUUCCCAUGCAUGCACAGGAGCCCCUGUCAUCAGAGCAAGUCCAGCAGGCCUUGAACCAUCGACGAUUAUGGAGUCUUUAUCUUCUCUCAGAGAGCGCACAGAUUCAACAAAUUAUCAAAGAUCUGACAGGUAGCAGCUGCCUGCCUCUACAGCAGAUCUUACGUCGUGUCUGUUGGCAACUUGCUGAUCUAGCUGCACCGACGGCUCUUACUGUAGUCAGAUCACUACUGGACGUUCUUAUUGAGAGUCUUGCCCAGGGGGAGGAAGGAGCAAAGAAGACACAGCCACCUGGAGACAUUGCGAAUGAGGGGGAGGAGGUGAACAAGAAGACACAGCCUUGUGGGAGCGACACCGCUCGUAUUUUAACCUUAGUGGUGUACCUGGUAUCACAGCCUGCUAUCAAAGCACCGUUGCUGCAUCUCUUUCGAUCAAGCUUGAAAUCUGAUGAGAAAUACUCAGAGCUUCUUCCCUGGCUACUCUCUCUGCUGAACGUGGUGUCAGACUCGCCCUGUCACCUCCAGGCACAAGAAUGUAUCGUGGCCCUGCUACAAUCAAUCUGUGGCCCAGAGAUAACCCUCUUAGUGACAGACACACAGCCCAUCAGUGAGCAACUGGCCAAUAGCCUACCUGGAAAGGAACAUAUGGAGAUCAUCUGCUGUGCCUUGCUUGACCAUGUGACCAGCCCGGACCAAUCAUAUGCAAGCAUUCUACCGUCGCUUCGGACAUUGUCAAUGCUGCUGGAUUAUGAUUAUGGAUUCUUUUAUGUGAAAUGUGCAUUGGACAAGACGUCGACAGCCUUCCACUCUCUCUUCACCCGCCUCCAGUCAUCCUUCCACAAAGACAGCUCAGACUACCUGUCCACUCUGUCCACCACCCUGGACCUCCUCCAGAUGUUACUGACCAUAGAGGGGCCCUCAGAGGGUGAGCAGGAUACAUGUCAGGAAGAUGGAGGUCCAUACAGGACUAAGAUGCUGAGUGUGGGACAGUUGAAGGAGUACUUGAUGUGGGGUGUGGAGAGCCAUCCACUGGGCCAGCUGGAGAAAACACUCAUUGAAUGUUGCAAAGAAGAUGAGAUCUUGGAGAGUCUCCUAGACAGCAUUAGCAGCCUGAUCCAGACCCUGGAUUCACCUGAAGAGCCCGGGGGUUCAAAGGCAGCCACGGCCCCCAUGACUGAGAUCACUCUCCCUGCCCCUGUAAGCCUCCUGGAACAGUUCAAUACUCGGACUGUGUUUUACAUGGGGGAUGGAGAGGACGACAGGUUGAACACAGGGUUCUGGCUUGGCCCUCCCGGCAUAGAUGAUGGUGACAUUGAGCCUGAAAUGGUUCAGUGUGACUUAGAGGAGCUCCGAGUCACUUAUCUUCCUGAUCUAGAUCUACAAGCAGAGUUGGAGAAAGACCUCGGUGCAGAAAACUUGCCCCCAGAGAAGGACCAAAAGAAAAGGAGUGUACGACGGAAAUAUGAAUCCCUUACAUCAAGGUCUCAGUAUCGCUUUAACUAUGGCAUCAAAAGAGCACACAAUCAAUCAGGCAACUUCAACCAGUACGGUCGCCCCAUGCAAGGGAGGAGUGGUAGAGGCUAUGAUAUCUUCAGACAGCGAGCUCAGAAUACCAGCAGACCGCCCUCUAUGCAUGUGGAUGACUUCCUGGCUGCAGAGGCUAAUGAGUCAACCGACUCAAAGAAACAACAGCGGGGGCCACAGCAGGGUCGUAGUGGACGUGGUGGAGGCUUCAUGGGUGGGGCUGGAGGAGGUCAAAGAGGGGGUUUCCAGGGAGGAAGGGGACCAUGGAAUGGACCAGCCAACAACUAUGGCAGGAGAGAUGGAGGUAAGAAUCAAUUGUCUAGACAAUUAAUAGACGUAGAUGUGUAG